AUUCUCUCCACAGCAAAAAGGAGGCAACACUCGCACGACCCGAUUAUGAAACUAGGUGCCUGUCCCGUGGACGUGCAGCGUGCAGCAGCGUGAAUCGCAACGGGAAAGCGCUCUGGCUAUUUUCGAUUGGUGGCAACGACGACGACGGUGGGGUCGGUGGUGGCUCGCGCUACCACGGAUCGGUCAGAUGGGCAUGAACAAGGUGCUGCUGGUAUUUAUUGUGGCGAGCGGGUUUCUGCUGUUCAUCUACGCCAACAGUAGCGUUUUCAACCGGCAUCUGGUGCAGAAGAAUUCGCCAGAACGAUUAGCGGCGUCGGCAGCAGCGGCCCUGGUACACCACAGCCACCAGCAUCAUCAUAAACCGCACGAGGGCAAGCACCGAAAUGGGACGGGAAGCGAAAAUGGCACGAGUGAUGUAUUGGCCAACAAGCUGAAGCGUGUGAAGUACAUUUCCAAGGGCACAAACGAUACGGAGUACAACAUCUUCCUGAUCUACACGAAGGAAAGCCAAAAUCUUAUCCUGCACAGUCAGCUGGAGCUGUUUCUUCGCAGCCUGCUGAAGUAUAGCACGAUCGAGCUGCACCUGCACAUCAUUACCGACGAGCAGAGUGAACGAUCGGCGGAAGAGUUGAUCAAGCAGCAGAUCGAGCGAUUUCAUCGGACCGCCUUCUACACGCUGUACGAUGUGCGGGACUGUGCGGAGAAGAUUAGCGACAUCGUCCAUGGCAUGAUGCCACUGUUCAACUAUCGGUCCGGAAGCUAUUACAGCGAUGCCUUAUUUCUGCUAUCCCUUGGGUUGCAUCGCAUCGUCGAUCGGAAUAUGCGUCGAGCGAUCCUGAUCGACUGUGACGUUGUGUUCCGAGCGUCCGUGAAGGAACUGUUCGAUCAGUUCGAGCUUUUCGCACCGGAUCAACUGUUUGGGUUGGCUCCUGAGUUAACGCCCGUGUAUCGGCAUGUGCUUUCGCGCUAUCGGAUGAACAAUCCACAUACCAUCUUUGGCAGUCCUUAUUAUAUGGACAAACUUUCCGAGAAAACGGACGAAUCGCCGCCAUCUGCGAACGAAGUCUCGCACAGCAAGAACGCAGUAGCAGUGAAUGAGAACCGACGGCACGGUUAUCCAGGUUUGAAUUCCGGGGUCGUUAUGUUACACCUGGAUCGCAUUAGACGGUCGCGGCUGUACGAGGAAAUCAUCAAGGAGUCGACGGUGAAAAAUAUGGCAGAGAAAUAUUCCUUCCAGGGUCAUCUGGGCGAUCAGGAUUUUUACACGCUGAUGGGGUUCGAAUUUCCCGGGCUGAUCUAUCGGCUGGAUUGUGUGUGGAAUCGGCAGCUGUGUACGUGGUGGCGUGAACACGGUUACAGCGACAUUUUCGAUCAGUACUUCCACUGCGAAGGGACGGUUAAGAUCUAUCACGGUAACUGCAACACGCGUGCACCGGAAUAGGUCUCUCUCUCUCUAUCUGUCUCGCUUCCAUCU